CCAAGUGUGGUGCAACUGUCAUGUUUCAGUGAUCUGAGGCCCUCCAUGCUGAUACUGUCCUGUGCCUCCAAGUUGCAGUUUCUGGAGAGUGUGCUGCGAAGGAACCUGCCUCAGACACUUCCCAUUUAUGGGGCAGUGAUGCACAUCAACCGUGGAAACCCCGUUCAGCAUGAAGCAGUAGUAGACUCUUGGCCUGAGUUUAAAGCUGUCUUUACACGCCCACGUAAAGGGGUGGUGAAAGACAAAUUGGAUUUUUAUGCCAAUUUGUAUGCUGUUUUCUAUUCAGACAUGGACACCUGUCGAGCUCUCUUGGAAAAUGAGGACAUCAUUGACUGGGGAAGAGCUUUUCAGCUGCAAGUUUUCCAAGAUGGGAUAUGUGAAAUUAUCCAAGAUAUAGCAAAGACCACAGAUGUCCAUCUGAAGAUAGACAAUUACGUACCGCUGAUACAUCCAAAACCAUCUACUCUAUCUGAGAGCCGGUUCAAAAGUGACCUCCUCCACUUUGGCACCCUCAACCCAUCCCACGCAGCCUCACUCAAUGACGUUUGGGACUUUGGGGGCAAUGAUCUGAGCCUGAACUAUCUGGAAAGCUUGAUCUGCAACUUCCCUAGUGCUUGCCUCCUAGAUAAGGAUGGCCAGUUGGCUGCUUGGUGCCUUAUUGAUCCUUAUGGUUGCUUAACACAUGGCUACACCUUCCCUCAGUAUCGGGGACAGAGGUGGAUUGGGCUCAUCCUACAGAAUUUAGGAAGAAAGAUGCAUGCUCUUGGCUUUCCUCUGUAUGCUGCAGUUCUGACAGGAAACGAACCCUCCAUACGAUCACUACAGCACCAGGGGUUCCAUGUUCUUCCUGGGACAUAUUACACACUUAUUUCGACACCAGUCCUCAACCCCAAGAAAUAG